UAGGCGGUGGCCUGUGCAGUUUAUCGAGCUGCUGCAAGCGCAGCAGGGAAGAAGAAUGGCCAGCAGUAGAGAUAAGCCUCUCCAUGCCGACAACAUCCUACCGUUCAAAGAGAGAACAGAGAGAGACUCUCUGCUGGGCCCGCGGCCCUCGGCCCCAGCGGACACGUGCCGUCUUGCCUACUGCAUCUUCUUCCUGCACGGAGUCGGCCAUUUGCUUCCCUGGAACUUCUUCAUCACGGCGCAACUGUACUUCCAGGCAAAGUUUACCUGUCCCCAUGGCAACAAACACUGACUGUUAUGGGUUCAAUUCCACUUUCGAGAACUGGUUCAGUGUGGCGUCUAUGGUGCCAAUCUUUGUCAUGUCAGCUGCCAACGUUUGGUUGCAGAGCAGGUUCCACUACCGACUGCGAAUGGUUGCUUCUCUGGUGGUGAUGCUGACUCUCUUCCUCAUCACCACUGCUCUGGUUGGCGUUCGUGUCACUCAUGGACAGACGGGUUCUUUGCCAUUACACUGCUGACAGUGUUCCUCAUGAACGCAGCAUCCUCCAUUUUCCAGUCCUCCACAUUUGGCUUUGCUGGAAUUCUUCCUAAUGGCUACACCUCAGCUGUCAUGAGUGGUCAGGCUGUAGCAGGGGUGUUUGCAGCAGUGGCCAGCCUACUGUCUCAGGUGGCAUCAAGCAGUGUUCACGGAGAGCAGAGUCCAAUCACUGACAGUGCCUAUGGCUACUUUUCUCUGGCCUGUGUCGUACUUAUCCUCUGCCUGGCGUCAGUCUUCCUCCUCAGUAAAAUGCCAUUUGUGGACCACUACCUGCAGCAGACCAGCGUGCAGGUGUUGAGACAGAAACAACAGAAGGUAGUGGAUGCCUCUCUUCAAACAAGGGUCAUAGUUCGACCAUCCUACCUGGCAAUUAUGCGUAAGGUUGUGUGGUAUGCGGUGAGUGUGUAUCUCGUCUUUACUGUCACCAUAAGUCUCUUCCCGGCGGUCAUAUCUCAAGUGGUGUCCUCUGCACCCAACCCCAGCCACUCCAGCUGGACUGGAGUGUACUACUCAACUCUGGUGUGUUUCCUAAUGUUCAACGUGGCUGACCUGACAGGUCGUUACAUCACUCACUGGGUGCAGGUAGGGAGUGGUCGGCGAAGCCUGCUGCUGAUGACAGCUCUUCGUUGUCUCUUCAUUCCAGCCUUCCUCUUCUGCAAUGUCCAGGUAAAGGGUGAGAGGGGAAUCCCCACCUACAGCCAUCUCCCCGAGUAUGACAUCAUCCCCAUUUUCCUUGUCGCACUCUUCGGAAUCUCCAAUGGAUACCUCGGCUCUGUUGCCAUGGUCACAGCCCCUCAGAAGGUGCGGGAGGACGAGAAGGAGACGGCAUCAACAAUAAUGGCCUUCUUCCUCUCCGGGGGCCUGUUUAGCGGAGGAGUUCUAUCUUUCCUGUGGACCUUUCUUGUCAACCCUUCUUAGCGACACUUGUUGUACCAUUCUAUACUGUGUGUGGAUGUAAUAUUGAAUGUAUUAUUCAUUGUCCCUAUGGCAACAAUAACAAGAAUGCCAAUUAUGUGAUUCUGUCAAGAGGGUUGUAGUGAGAGGGCCAAGUGCCGAUGACCAGCCCAUGGCGGUGAAUGGGCUAUGGCGCUGGACUAUAUACAAUCCAUCACAUUUAGUAGUAAUGGAUUGCCAGA